AUGCCGCCGCUAGCUGAUUGUCGCUUCUUCAGAUUCAUAAUCCCCAACAUGGAGAAUCAAAUUAGAUUGCCGGUGGCCUUCUCCAACGUUGUACGGGAUAACAUGAGCAACCCCGUCGAGGUAAUCACAACAAACGGUCAGUCGUGGAGCAUCUCGUGGGUUGUGGAGGAGGAGCAUCUGCAUCAAAUCGUAUUCACCGGAAGCUGGCGAGCCUUUUACGAACACUACCACCUACGAAUCGGUGACUCAAUGCUGCUAUCGUAUCACCAACCGAAGUUUUUCUGUGUGGCCAUCCACGACACAAGAUACUGCGAGAUCAACUACGGAAGAAACUUGAGAAACGGAAGUCUUCCGGCAAUACCCGCACAUGGCAACUAUACAGUCCAGUUCUUCGCGAUAAUCCUGGUGAACGACCCUGAUACACUGAACACAAUGUACGUCAUGUUCUUCAACGGUCAUACAAUGGAAAUCAACUACUUGGCCCAUGCCGGCCCCGGGACGGACUCCACUUGUAUAACCGAUCCGUCGGCCCCCAGGUCAAGGCACAUAGCCGAUGGGUUCAGAUCGACCAAUCCGUUCUUUGUAAGUCCAAUCAUGCACCGCCUGGCAAACCGUUUUCUCCCGAAUGUCCCCCCUCUGCCGGGAGUAUGCGAGGAUAGCCCAAUUACGAUUACCAACGAGAGGGGCGCGUGGACCGUUCGGUAUACGCACUAUGUCGGGAGGACGAACGGAUGCUUUGGAAUUGGCUGGUCUGCCUUAGCAACUGCAUGCCAACUAAGACACGGCCAUGUUUGUGUCUUCAAACGGCUUGCGCCGCAAGAAUACCGGCUGCAUAUAUAUUGA